UAGCAGCAGAUAAACUCGAGACAUCAUGGAGGCAGGUGCAGUCGCCCUGCUGCUCUUCGCACUGUUGGGGAGUUCAGCGACUCUCAGCUUUUAUGGAGACAGCAUCACGUUCAUGCCUCCACACAGGAAUAAGGAUGGGACGUAUGGGGUGACUUUUUAUCACAGACAGAACGGCAGACGCAGCUGUGGAGACCAGUCAUCCUUCACAUGUGGCAGUGGAGUGUGCACGAGCUUUGACAAGUCCAGCGUCCUGCAAACAGACCACGAUACCACCGGCAAGGGCAGGUGGUGCCAGUCUGAAGGUCACACCACAGCGACCAUCUUAACCAAUAAGAGCUCCUUUUCUCUGAGUGAUUCGGGCUGCUGCUGGGGGUCAAAUGUCGACGGGAAAACAAACUGGACGGCUCACGCAGAGUUGGACCUGGGAAGCCGAUCUGACUCACACGCCCUCAACGGCUGUCCUGUGACGACCACAGUGUCCUCUUUACGGGCGCCUCAGAACUGCUUUACAAGGCUUCAUCUGCUGGCACACGAUCCAGACGGAGAUCACGUGAGAUGUCGUUUUGCAUCAGACGCCACACCUCCUGCAAACUUCACUGUGGACGAGACUACCUGCACACUGAGAACUUCAGGUCAAGUGGCCGUUGGCGUCCACGUGUUUGAGGUGAUGCUGGAGGACUUUUCCAGGAAAAACAUCACUUUGACCUACGCUGAUGGAACAUCAGUGUUUCGGGAGGCCUCCGACAUGAAUUCACCUCCUCUCUGCAAAGUGAAGCUGCAGUUCUCCAUGGAGAUCCUUCCUCCUAUACCGAGCUGUGAGGCUGGUCACGUCCAGCCCAUGUUCUUGUCCAGGACUCCGUCACAUGGCGCUGUUCUUUACGCCUCUGUGGGUCAGAACUUCCAGCUUCAUGCCCAAGCACAGGCUCACCAUGCCAGCAUACACGACUUCCAGGUCAGCGGGCCGCAGAACAUGAGCAAAGAGUUCAGAGAUGAGAAGUUUGGAAAAGCUGAAGUGAUUCUGAGCUGGACGCCACAGCACAGCGACGUGUACAGAUUUGUGCCAGUCUGCUUCACCGCAGAGACAAAUGAAAGCCAAUCAGACAUGAGGUGUGUUGUCGUCAUGGUGACCCAAGCUGCUCUCGUUCAAGGUAAGGCCACAGUCAAAUGCUCCCCCAACAAGAUGAUGGUGAUCCUCGACGAAGCUUCCAUGCCCGGCAUUGACGUGAACUUCCUGAAGCUGAGAGACCCGACGUGCUCUCUCACCUCCAAUGGCACCCACAUCACGGGCACCAUGUCGUUCAGCACCUGCGGCACAAGACUGGAGGACAAAGGGGACGUUUUGUCUUUCACCAAUGAGAUCAUCUCCUUUGAGCUGCCCAACGAGGUCAUAGUCCGAAGGAAGUCUGUUAAGAUCGACAUCGCCUGCCAGUUUCCCAAAACCAUCAGCAUCUCCAGCUACUACAAUCUCCACAAGUCUGACUACAUUUUCACCGAGUCCAGCUUCGGCAGCUUCGGCUACACUUUUGAGGUCUACUCCGACGGCAACUUCACCAACAAGGUGCCGGCCAGCGCCUAUCCGGUGGAGGUCAUGCUGCUGGAGACCAUUUAUAUGGGCAUUCAGGCUGAAUCAGAUCUACCGAAUGUGAAUCUGUUUGUGGAGUCAUGCAAAGCCACUCCUGAUGACAACCCUGAAAACACCCUCAACUAUGACCUCAUCAAGAACGGGUGUCUGCAGGAUGAAACGAUUAAAGUCCAUCCAUCCGAUCCAACUUCUUACAACUUUGAGGUUCAAGCCUUUAAAUUUACGGGAAACUAUGACCAGGUGUACAUCACCUGCUCCGUCAUCCUGUGCGAGCCUGGCAGUGCGUUCUCCAGAUGUGCUCAGGGUUGUCUGCAGAGUCCGUCCCGCAGACGCAGACGAUCGCUGAGCAGGGAGACCAGCGGGCACUACAUUACCCAGGGUCCUUUGCAGUUUGUCAAGCCACCUGUUCCCGUCGCAGCUGCGGACGACAACGAGCUCGAUGCUGUGAUGAAGAACAUUGACCCGCCCACUGCUGCAGUCGACCCUCCACCAGUGAUUCCAGUCACCAAAGCCGGAGGAGGAGGAGGAGGAGGAGGAGGAGGAGGAGGAGAAAGGUGGGGGGUGGUGGAGGUCCUGAGCACCAACAUGAGCACUGUGGGAUUUUGCAGCGCCUUCAUCGUGUCGCUGGUGCUGAUGGCCGUGGCCGUUCGUCACUUCAGCAGGAAGAGAAAAGCUGAAGACCAGAGUUCGCUCCUGGUGUCAGGCUGGGAGAACUAAACACACAGCGUCAGCACUUAUCACCCUCCUCUUCCUCCUCCUCCUCCUCCUCCUCCUCCUGCUCUCACCAGGAGUUCAAAGUUUCCUUAUUAACAUGUUUUCCACCUCCACGACCCAGCCACUGAAAUAAAUACACCUUUCUGCAAACCACAACAUGUUACGUUUAUAUGUUUCAUAUUUAAUAUUCCAUUUUAUGUUACAGCUCUGUGGUUAACGUAACGAACAGUCAUGUUCUGGUGAAAAGAACAUCAUGUGUUGGCUUGAAACAUCUAACACAACUGGAAAUGUCCCGCCAUCCACCGUCCUCUCCUCCUGAUGACACACUCAGCUCAGACACGAGAUCUGAAAUAUAUGAAAUGUAAAAAUGAAACAUAUCUGUGGUUUGCAGAAACGUACAGUGCAAACGUUUUGUUCAGGUGACUGGGCUGUUGGAGCUGCAGUGGGAGGACGGCAACACAGAGAGGACAUUUAGCAUUAAAAAUGACAUUCAGUAACGCUGAAAGAUGCUCGUAUGAUAUGAUUAUGGGGUCACAUGUCAUUAUCUGUCUACGCUCUUGUUUCUGGCCUCUCCAGUAGAAUAAAGGCACAGGCCAUCAGGAUCAGCUUAACCUUUAAAUGAAGUACAUCGUUUGAGCUCUGUUUCGUACAUAUAAAAGCUUUUGUUGAAUGCUUCUCUGAA